AUGAGUGGUCAAGCAGCAAGCUAUUACGACCCCAAUCAGGGCUUCGAUGCCCAGGGCCAAGGCCAGGCAAAGCCCAACGGCAAAAAUGAAUUCAAUGAUCAACGUGGCAAUGGCUAUCAGCCACCGCAAUCUGCGCCAGAGGCCAAGCCAGCGGUACCUCCGCCGUAUCCUGACAACCCCCCGCCGUAUAGUACUUUCGAUGAAGCUUUCAAGAUUGAGCGACCUAAGUGGAACGAUCUCUGGGCGGGUCUGUUGUUAAUCGCUGUCUUUCUGGGCUAUGUUGCAGUGUCGGGUUUGACCAUUCACUCGUAUGCAACCAACAAGAGUUUCAACGGAGGUGGAAUCUACAACUCCACGAACGAUUUCUCGCUCGACACCAACACCCUGGUUCUAUUCAUCUUCGUCCUUUGCGUCGCGCUAGUUUUCUCAUGGCUAUACUUUCUCGGCGCGAGAUACUUCACCAAGACCUUCAUUUGGGCCACGGGCAUCCUAAACAUCGUCUUCGCGCUCGCCACGGGCAUCUACUAUAUCGCGCGGAAGCAGUACGGAGGCGGAAUAGUGUUCUUGAUCUUCGGUGUCUUCGCCAUUAUUUGCUUCAUUAGCUGGAUCCCGCGCAUCCCCUUCACGGCCUUUAUGCUACAGACCACCAUGGACGUCGCGCGCAACUAUGGCCACGUCUUUCUGGUCAGUGCUCUGGGCGGCAUCGUCACUGUAGCUUUUGCGGCUUGGUUCUCCGUGACUCUGGUCGCGAUUUAUGUCAAGUACGAGCCGGAUUCCAAGGGGACUAAUCCAGCAUGCGCGAAUGGUGGCUGCAGUACCGCCAAGGUUAUUGGUCUCACGGUGUACGUGACUUUUGCCAUGUACUGGCUCAGCGAAUGGAUCAAGAACACGGUGCACACGACUAUCGCCGGUGUGUAUGGAUCGUGGUACUUCUGGAGCAAGUCUGCCGGUGGAAUGCCCAAGGGAUCGACUCGAGGUGCAUUCCGUCGGGCGACGACCUACUCGUUUGGCAGUAUCAGUCUGGGAAGUCUGAUCAUUGCGAUUAUCCAAAUGAUGCGCCAGGCAUGCUCAGUCGCACAGCGACAAGAGGCGGCUCAGGGCAACCUGAUUGGUAGUAUCGCCAUCUGGGUCUUGGGAUGCAUCAUCUCGCUCCUUGACUGGCUCGUCACACUAUUCAACCGCUAUGCCUUCUGCCACAUUGCGCUGUACGGCAAGGCCUACAUUCCCGCUGCGAAAGACACAUGGAAGAUGAUGCGUGAUCGCGGCAUCGAUGCCCUGGUCCAGGACUGUCUGAUGGGUCCUGUCUUGACCAUGGGUUCGGUCUUCGUUUCGUACGUCUGCGCCCUGCUGGCCUACCUGUAUCUGCAAUUCACGAAACCUGCCUACAACGCGAACGGGGAUUUCACUGCGGUGAUCAUGGCUUUCUCUUUCGUCAUUGGAUUGCAGGUCUGCCAAGUGUUCCUGACGCCCAUUGGCAGUGGCGUUGAAACCAUCUUCGUGGCUAUGGGCUGGGAUCCCCAGGUGAUGAUCAACGAUCACCCGGAUAUCUAUUACAAGCUUGUGCAGUUGUACCCUCGCGUGCAGCAGGCGAUCCACGCCUAA